GCAAGGGGAAAGGGCGUGCCGAGCAGCGGAGCGGGCUUGGUCCCCCCCAGUCCCGGCAGAUGGGCGGGUCGGGCAGCUGUGCCGCUAACGGUGCCCUUUACUCUCUGAACGCAGCUCGAUUUGCGUAGCCUUGACUGCACCGACGUUCACCUCUGUGUGUUGGAAAAUUCUCGCCCCGACAGCAGUAGUUUAUAAAAAUGGAACCUUGUUCUUGUGACACUUUUGUGGGACUACCUCCAGCAACAGUUGGCAACAGGAUUAUUUUUGGAAAAAAUUCAGACAGACUUUGUGAUGAAGUACAAGAGGUAGUUUAUUUUCCUGCAGCAACUCAUGAUCACCAGAGAGAACGUCUUAAGUGUACUUACAUAGAAAUUGACCAAGUUCCUGAGACAUACGCUGUUGUUCUUAGUCGCCCAGCUUGGUUAUGGGGAGCAGAAAUGGGAGCCAAUGAGCAUGGAGUCUGCAUUGGAAAUGAAGCUGUGUGGGGACGAGAAGAAGUUUCUAAUGAAGAAGCACUACUUGGCAUGGACCUUGUCAGACUUGGCCUUGAAAGAGCUGAAACAGCUGAAAAAGCCCUCAAUGUCAUUGUCGAUUUAUUAGAAAAAUAUGGUCAGGGUGGCAAUUGUUCAGAGGGUACACUUCUAUUUAGCUAUCACAACAGUUUCCUGAUAGCUGAUAGAAAUGAAGCCUGGAUUCUGGAGACUGCAGGGAAGUACUGGGCAGCAGAAAAAGUACAAGAAGGAGUUCGUAACAUUUCAAAUCAGCUCUCUAUAACAACCAAGAUUGACCGGGAACACCCAGAUAUGAGAAACUAUGCCAAGCAGAAAGGUUGGUGGGAUGGCAAAAAGGAAUUCGAUUUUGCUGCAGCAUACUCUUAUCUUGAUACAACCAAGAUGCUGAUUUCAUCAGGCAGAUACUGUGAAGGCUACAAGCUGCUAAAUAAACACAAAGGAAACAUAACAUUUGAAACGAUGAUGGAAAUUCUCCGAGAUAAGCCAAGUGGUAUUAAUAUGGAAGGAGAAUUUCAGACAACUGCAAGCAUGGUCUCUAUUUUACCUCAAGACUCAACACUACCUUGCAUUCACUUCUUUACAGGCACUCCUGAUCCUGAAAGAUCUAUUUUUAAGCCUUUCAUAUUUGUGCCAAAUAUCUCACAAUUAUUGGACACUAGUUCACCAACAUUAGAGCUUGAAGAGCCAACUAAAAAAAAGCCUAAUUUUAAGAUUAAGCCUGACAGGAGACACCCACUCUACCAACAACAUCAACAGACAUUGGAAAUACUAGAAAAAAAUAAGGAAAAAGCCCAAACAGUGUUAGAAAACAUGAAGAAAAUGGAGAAAGAACUAUUCAAAGAGAUGGAAUCAAUUCUUCAAAGCAAGCAUCUUGAUGUGAAUAAAAUUGUUAAUCUUUUUUCUCAGUGUACAAAAGAUGAAAUUAGAAUUUAUAGGUCAAAUAUUAAUUCUUAGUGGUUUAUAUAUAUGAAAUGACAGAAUGACAAAAUGCCAUUUGAGAGAUACAAUUAUUCUUUAAGAUCAUCUAGCUAUAUUUUGACUAUUAAAAAACUACAUGUAUAGCCUUGCUGAAAAUAACAUUAGAAUUAGACAUUUGGGGUAAUCAGGUAUUACUUUAGGUAACAGACUUGUGUUAUUUUUUUAGCCAUGUACUUUUGAAAAUCACACAAUUACUCACUAGUACAUAAAGUAUAAAAUAUUAAAAUAUAUAAAUUAUGUUUAUUAUAAUUAUAUAGUAUCCUCAAGUAAUUUUCUCAGUUACAAUAGGCAGAUUUCCUCAGUAAUAAAGAUACCGUCUUAAGUGAGGUUUUUUGUGUUCUACAUAAAUAUUAAUCUAUCAAAAGGUUUUACAUUUAUGCAGCUAUUAUAGUGUAUCAAUUCUGUGAAUGCACUUCUAUUGCUAUUAUCAAGGUGCAGGAUGCUUUUAUCAAGACUUGGCUGACCAGUGAGCCUGUUUGUCUCUCUGUCUCUCUGGUAUGAGGGAACUGAGGAUACGUAGUUUACUGAUGAAUGUAGGGAAAAAUUAAAAAAGCAGUUUUAGGUUUAGAGAAAAACUGAAGAGAAAGUACCAGAGUUCCCAGUAACUCCUCUCCCUGCCCCCUCCCUUCCAAUCCUUCUCUGCUAGCAAAAUCCCUCAUCACAGUGCUACUUUAGCUGUAUUUGAGGAACCUAUAUUGACGGAUUAUAGUUCAUAUUCUGUAAGGUUCAUCCUUGGUCUUAUCUACACUAUGGGUUGGACAAAUGAAUAAUGAAUGUAAUCACAAUUAUACUAUUAUGCAGGGCACUUUAAAUGCUUUAAAAAAUCCCCUGUGUCUUCCUUUUUCACCCCUCCUCAUUUUAUUUAUUGAGUUAUGGAUGUGGGGCUGUUCCCAGUCAGUGUUGUGGAACAAACUGCAAAACAUGAUCUCCACCCCUUAAGCUCUCUCCCUGGUCUGCUUUUUUCCCUUUUUUGUGGGGGAAGGGGAGGGGGCCAUCAUGUAUCAUGGCUUUGUCCUCAGACAUCACUCCUGGUUUGGGUGCACCAGGGACCAUCUGGGAUGCCAGGGAUCAAACUAGGGUUGGCAACAUGCACGGAAAGCACCCUACCCUCUCUACUAUCUCUCUAGCCCUCUUUUCCUUUUUAAAAUCCUGACAACAACUAAUAUUUUUGUUUCCAUAAUUUUGUAUUUUCUAAAAUAUCACAUAGCUGGAAUUGUACAGAAUGUAACUUUUUAUAUUGGCUCUUUAACUUUAUAAUGUGCAUUUAAGGUUCCUUCAUAUCUUUUUAUUACUUGACAGCUUAUUUCUUUCCUUUGUUUUAUUUUUUGUUUUGGGGCCACACUUGGCGAUGCUCAGGGGUUACUCCUGGCUCUGCACUCAGGAUCUACUCCUGACAGUGCUUGGGGGACCAUAUGGGAUGUCAGUGCCAUGAGAAAAUCAAGUGCCCUACUUGCUGUACUGUCUCUCCAGCUCUUCAUUUCUUUUUCUGUACUGAAUAAUACAUUUUCUCAAUUUACCAGUUUAUUGAUCUAUUUACCUAGAGUUGCAUCUUGGUUGCUUCCAAGUUUUGGCAAUUUUAUAAUUGACUUUAAAUAAACUUGAGCAGGGUUUUUGUGUGGACAUGUUUUCAAUGUUGAAAAUUGUCCCAUGGUAUGGUAGGAAUAUGCUUAGUUUUGUCAGGAACUGCCAGUCUCUUCCAAAGUGACUGUCAUUUUGCAUUCCCAUCAGCCAUUAAUGAGAGUGUCUGUUCCUUCACAUCCCUGCCUUCCUCUGGUAUUGCCCUUGUUAGAAAUUUUGAACAUUCUAGCAGGUGUGUAGUGGUAUUUUUCUUCAAUCUGCAUUUACCUGACAACAUAUGAGGUAAAAUAUCUUUUUUUCAUAUGCUUAUUUGCCAUCUGGAUAUUUUCUCUAGUGAGGCAUCUGUUCAGAGCAUUCCUUGUUUUAGAAAUCAGGUUAUUUUCUUUUUUGUUGAAUUGAGAUCUCUUUUAAAGACUCAUUAUUCUUAAGAUAAAUUCCCACUCCUUUGUAAUUACCAACAAAAUCCUGUUAAUCUGCCUACAUCUAAACCCUUAAAAGUGCCCAGUGUGUUUGUCUUAGCCUUAACCUCUGCUUGUACCACUCACUUGACAUUAGUAGUUCUUCCCAUCUUUCAGAGUUUUGCAGAAACUUGUUUUCCUCCUCCUAGUUUUCCCUACAUGCAAAGUGAAUUUUCUUGCUACUCUCAGAACCACAUUUGUCCUGAUAACAGUGUAGCAGCAGUAUUUCACAUUUCUUGCUCACAGAACAGCUUUCUUUUUUUUUUUUCACAAGUAUUUUAAUUUAUUGAAUACAUAUUAGACACUGUUAAAAAGAAUAAAAACCCUACACCUGCAACAUGAGAAGUGAAUAAAUAUUAGUGCUAUUAUACGGAAUAAAUGAACAUGACUUUGUGAUCUUUAAUCAAGUUCAUGUUACACAGUUUAGAGCUAAUCUUUAACAAUGCCCAGGGACUUAUUUGAAUCAUCAGAGUUUAGAGAGAAUGACAGUGACAUUAUUAAAAGAAAGAAAUUCAGAUUUAAAUACAAGAACUUAGAUACACACCAUACUUGGUGUAUUUUCUUUUUUACCACAAAUUAUAUAUUUUCCUACAAGUGGGGUUGGUUAGCUACAGACCCUGGCAACCUCAAUCACAAUAAAAAGGAACAGAGAGGCCAAGAGGACCUCAGGUUUGCCUGUGCUGAGGGACAGUGGCAGUGAAGGGUGACAGCCAGGCCCGGGCGACCAGAGGCACAGCGGGCUGUGGACCAAGAACCUGGAGGGAGGGACACAGUACACGCACGCUCUGUUUAAAGGUGAUGGAAUCCACUCUAUACAUCAUAAUUGCUCACUUUCAGACUGAUCCAGAAUUACAAUUUUUUACUUGAAAAACAAACUGUGCUCAGAACAGCUUUCUGAGGCUAGAAACCAUAUUUGAUUCUGCCAUUGUGCUUGGUGUUCAACACUGGGUCUCUCACAGCUAUAGGUAUUCAACAAACAUUUGUUAAAUGAACAUUCAUGCCUCUUCUUUGCUUUUGAGGUCUUCAGGCUUUGAGAAAAUCAGCUGGACAAUUUAUCUCUAUCACUUGAUAGUCAUAUGUCUGAGGUCAACAUGUUUUAUUCAAAAUGAACUCCCCAGCUGAGGCAAGGGUUAUUAUAGAGAUGUGAAUUAAUCAAUGAAAUGGUCUAGGAGAUUCUUCUAGUCUACAAAUCUAAUAAGCUACUUAGGCUUUGGAACUUAUAUGAGUAAUUAUUAUUGUAUACUAAGUAUAAGCUUUAAUCUAACAUUUUAUGAAAUUUUGUGUAUAUCUUGAGUACAAAAUAAAGCAGCUGAAAUUGUUUUUGGUCAA